UUUGGUUGCGUUGUGUUGUGUUACUGGUGUUGGUUGUUUUGUUGUGUUACAAGUUCUAUUUUAUUCGAAUUGGAAAUGUUGAAAAGAGGUAAAUCAUAUAUAGGUAUCUAAAUAUUAUAUUGCGUACCUACCUCGACGAUAAACGUUCAUCAUUACUUUAAGUAGCUUUCGUAAACUAUGUACGAGAGUUCAACUGAUGCAGUGCAUCCUCGAUUUAGUCGGAAUAGAAAGAUUUUCAAAACCGGUGGCCUUAAAAUAGCUCUUAUACAAUCAACGGUGGGUCCAGACAAAGCUAAGAAUGUGUCGCAUAUUGUCAGAGAAAUACAUAAAGCUAAGGAGAAUGGUGCGCAGGUGGUUGCCCUAGGGGAAUGCUUCAACUCGCCUUAUGGGACUAAGUACUUCGAGGAGUACGCGGAAGAAGUGCCAGCGGGCGAGACGUGCCGUGCACUGUCGAAGGCGGCGGCCGAGGCGGGCGUGUGUGUGGUGGGGGGCUCCGUGCCCGAGCGCUGCGGCGACAAGCUCUACAACACCUGUACUGUGUGGGACUCCAAGGGAAAGCUGUUGGCGCAACAUAGGAAGAUGCACCUAUUCGACAUUGACGUGCCCAAUAAGAUAAAGUUCAAGGAAUCGGAUGUGCUGUCACCCGGGCAGCAAGUGACAACCUUCGACUACGAGGGCGUUCGUAUUGGAGUCGGCAUCUGCUACGAUCUGCGCUUCGGGGAGCUCGCGCAUAUAAUGGCCGCCAACGGGUGUUCUCUGUUAAUCUACCCUGGCGCCUUCAACAUGGUUACGGGUCCUCGACACUGGGAGCUGCUGGCGCGAGCGCGCGCCAACGACCAACAACUGUGGGUGGCGCUAGUGAGCCCGGCCAGAGACGAAAAUGCUGAAUACGUCGCCUGGGGCCACUCUAUGGUCGUCAGUCCUUGGGGUGACGUGGUGCAGGAACUUGAUGAGAAACCUGGCACUUUGUUCGCUGAUAUAUCUUUCACAACGUUGGAGGACGUCCGACUCGCAAUACCGAUAAGAACCCAAAGGAGAACUGAUGUAUAUGACACGAUCGCGAAGAAGUAACGUUUAUCAGAAGUAGGAAGCUGGGGGGUUACCACGAAACAUAAAACACGUAGCACGUCAUUGUCCACUUGCUUGAAAUGGGAAAAAGAGACAGUAUGUGAGUGAGACAGAUUCUCACGCAAUCGAGCUCAUUUCAUAAAUUAUCUCGCAAUGUUUUUUUUUUUUUUCAAAUGUGUUAAGCAAAUUCACAGUUAGGAUUGAUAGACGGAAGUUCGAUCUAACUUUCUCAAUUAUUAUUAUAUCUAUGAGUUGGUUAAACGACUUAUUUUGUGUUCUGUUGACUGUACGUACAAUAACUAAUAGGGACGUGCUGGCUGCGUGCGCGGGAGUCCUUGCAAUCACUAUAAAGUAAACAUCCGUGUGUCCACAGCAAUAAUGUGUCAAUGUGUGGAAAUUAUUAUACAAUAUGGACAAUAAUAUAUUUGUAUAGGUACCUAUAUUUUUUGUUUUAAUUAACAUUAUAUUGUGUCGUAUUAUUGUUAUAGUUUAUCUUGUAACUGAUACAUUGAUGUUAUUAAAAAAAAUAAUUGUU